AUUACAGUCAGCCGACAUUAAAAUAUGCGUGCUAUCCGCUACUGACCUCCAGUCGAUAACACUAGAUCCAGUUAUUUCCUCGUAUAUCGAUUCAGACACCAUUUUGCUCCUCAACAAGAAAGAUCUCGUCUUAGAUAUUUGCUCAAUUACAAAAGACGUAAAGUUCAACACCAAACUAGUUUGUAACAUUUCCUGCAAAACAGGAGAAGGAAUUAGCGAUUUCCUAGACGCAUUCGUCAAUGUCAUCAAAGAAAAAUUCGACACGGUAUCUCCAGAAACACCCCUGAUCACACAGUCGAGACAUAGAGAGCAUCUACAAGAGUGUCUUGGAGCAUUAGAGCGGUUCUCAGAGCAAGACGAUGUUGUAUUACGCGCUGAAGAAUUGCGUUACGCUGCAAACGCUAUUGGAAAAAUUACUGGACAAGUGAAUGUAGAGGAAGUUCUUGGUGCUAUAUUUGAGCGUUUUUGCAUCGGAAAAUGA